CAGCUCAGCCAGUUACCAGGGAGACCGGACCCCCUCACUGACCAUGGAGCAGAUCCGAUCUCUAACCGACCUGCAGGAGCUGGAGGAGGCCUACGAGAGGCUGUGUGCUGAGGAGAAAGAGGUGGAAUCAGAGCUGGAGGCGUUGCUCGGACAGCAGGGGGCAGUGGAGAACAAGAUGCUGGCUCUGCAAAGGAUGGGGCCGAACCUGCAGCUCAUAGAGGGAGACGCCCAGCAGCUGUCCGGGAUGAUCACAUUUACCUGUAACCUGGCCGAAAAUGUCAGCAGCAAAGUCCGACAGCUGGACCUCGCCAAGAGUCGCCUCUAUCAAGCCAUACAACGAGCAGACGACAUUCUGGAUCUGAAGUUCUGCAUGGACGGGGUGCAGACUGCUCUGAAGAAUGAGGACUAUGAGCAGGCUGCGGCACACAUUCACCGAUACCUGUGCCUGGAUAAAUCUGUCAUUGAGCUGAGCCGGCAGGGGAAGGAAGGCAGCAUGAUCGAUGCCAAUCUUCAGCACCUACAAGAGGCUGAGCAGCAGCUAAAGGUUCUGGUCACAGAGAAGUUUGAUGCUGCAACCAAAGUCGGUGACCUGCCGCAGGUGGAGAGGUUCUUUAAGAUAUUUCCGCUGCUCAGACUGCACGAGGAGGGAAUCAGCAAGUUCUCUGCAUACCUGUGCCGCCAGGUGGCUAAGAAAGCUGAAGAGAACUUAUCCCUGGCACUGAGCUCCGAAAGCAAUGAGAGGAGAGCAGCACUUUUAUUUGCAGACACACUCACACUGCUUUUUGAAGGAAUUGCACGAAUAGUGGAAACUCACCAACCUAUACUGGAAACUUACUAUGGCCCGGGGAGGCUGUAUAUGCUCAUAAAACAUUUGCAGGCAGAGUGUGAUCGCCAAGUGGAGAGAAUCGUGGACAAGUUCAUCCAACAGAGAGAUUAUCAGAGGAAGUUCCAGCAGGUGCAGAACAGUAUGAUGAGAUCCUUCUCCGGUGACAAGAUUGAGCCCAGAGAUUUGGACCCCAUACUUGCCGAAGUGACCCUGAUGAGCGCCCGCACAGAGCUUUACCUCCGCUUUAUCCGGCGCCGCUUGAUGUCGGACUUUGAUGUGGGGGAUUCGGUUGCAGCCGAAGAUGUUAAACAAGAGCAUCAGCAGUGCAUGGACAAACUACUGAACCAUUGUUUACUGAGUCGAACAAUGCAGGAACUGAUCGGGUAUUACAUCACCAUGGAGGAGUAUUACAUGAGGGAGUCUGUCAAUAAGGCUGUGGCCAUGGAUUCCUAUGAGCGGGGGCAGCUAACUUCCAGUAUGGUGGACGACGUCUUCUACAUAGUGAAGAAAUGUAUAGGACGUGCUCUCUCCAGCUCCAGCAUAGACUGCCUGUGUGCCAUGAUUAACCUCUCCACCACCAUGUUGGAGGGAGAUUUCCGGGAGGUUCUGUGUAACAAGUUAAGGAUGGGUUUCCCAGCCACCACCUUCCAGGACAUCCAGCGUGGAGUCACCAGUGCGGUCAACCUCAUGCAGAGCAGUCUCCAGCAGGGAAAGUUCGACACUAAGGGCAUAGAGAGCAAUGAUGAAGCCAAAAUGUCCUUCCUGGUCUGUCUUAAUAACGUAGAGGUUUGCAGUGAAAACAUCAUGACUCUGAAGAAGAACCUGGAGAAUGACUGCAGGAAGCUCUUUAACACAGAAUCUGGAGGUGAACAAGCCAAGGCCAAGAUUGACAGCUGUCUUUGUGACAUGGCAUCUGUUUCUAACAAGUUCCGAGACCUCCUGCAGGAGGGUCUAGGAGAGUUGAACAGCACAGCCAUCAAGCCACAAGUGAAGCCCUGGAUUAACCUCUUCCUGUCUGUAUCACACAAUAUCGAGGAGGAGGAAUUUAAUGACUAUGAAGCCAACGACCCUUGGGGGCAGCAAUUCAUAGUGAACCUGGAGCAGCUCAUGUCUGAGUUUAAGGCUGGACUCUCCUCCAUCAUUCAUGAGAAUCUUACCAGUCUGCUGACCAGUCUCAUUGCCAUGGAGCUGGAGAAGGUGAUCCUGAAGUCCACAUUCAGCCGGCUCGGUGGUCUGCAGUUUGACAAGGAACUGCGCUCCCUUAUUGCUUAUCUCACCACGGUGACUACAUGGACCAUCCGUGACAAGUUCGCUCGACUUUCCCAGAUGGCGACAAUCCUGAAUUUGGAGAGGGUAACUGAGAUCCUUGACUACUGGGGCCCAAUUCUGGGCCCCUGA